AAUAAAGUUUUGUAAAAACCUUGGCGUCGCUUGGUGAUGACGUAUUUUUGACGCUAUGGCGGCUCACGCGAGCGAGCUGGAGAUUGCGAAGAAGAAUUUAACGAAUGCCAUCGGCGAUAACGUGAAGCAUUAUUGGGCUAACCUAAAGCUGUGGUUCAAACAGAAGAUUAGCAAAGAAGAGUUUGACGUCGAGGCACGUCGCCUGUUGCCUCAGGAGAAUGUCCACUUUCACAACGACUUCCUGCUGGCCAUCCUCACACGAUGUCAGAUUAUUGUUUCUACACCAGAGGGCCCAGGCUCCUUGCAGUGGCAAAGCUGUGCCUCAAAGUCUGACAAGUCAAAAGGAAAGAAGAAGUGUUCCUCCAGGCAGAAAUUUGAUCACCGCUUCCAGCCACAGAACCCUCUGUUUGGAGCGCAGCCGUUCAGCCCGCGGGAGGCGGGCGGCGAGGAGGAGGAGCUGCGGCUGAGCGCCCACACGCUGCUGCUGCCGACCCGGGGCCAGCUGGAGGCCCGCAUGAUGGUCACCGCCUUCGAGAUGGGGCUGGACAACGUCACAGAAGACGCCAUCAGCACCGUGGUCUGUGCUGUGGAGCACCACUUGAAAGACGUCCUGACCGCCGUAAUCACUCGGAGGAAGGCGUACCGGCUACGCGACGGACACUUCCCUUACGCCUUCGGCACCGACGUCACGCCUCGGCCUUAUCUCAAGAACAGCCUGUCUGCGUACCACGGCAUCAGCAAAUGUCCUCCUCCAAGCGCGUCUCUUGCUGCGUGCCCGCCGCCUCAGGUGUCGCCCGACGACGCCGAGCAAAAAGCCAUCCACUUGCUCGCCUGCUCCUCUGACACGCUACCUGCACCGCUUCCUCCAAUCAGCAUGUUUGACCUCCUGGAAGCGCUAAAGGUUCAUCGCGGCGUGAUGCCCUCCCACACCAUGUACGCCCUCAACAUGGAGCGCAUCCUGGUCCAGCUCUGGCACCCCAGCCAUGAGGAACUGGAGCAGGACCGCAUACACAGGCAGAGGCUGGCCGGUAAGGAGGGCAUGCCGGUCAGCUGAGAGGCUCGCUCUGACUCUCUUUUCACCAGACUGUAGGACUGAGCUCGUCUCUGGAAACCAGUCCAUCUCCAGAACAGCCACAUGGGGGGGGUGUUUUCCAGGAAGUGAAAGGCUUGGAUAAAACCUGUGGCUUACAGAAGAUGGAGCAAGAGGAAAACCAGGAAGCUGGAGCACUGUUGUCGUCUGUAUGACAUAAAACCUUUACCUGUCCAACUUUUAAUUACUUGUUGACGGCACAAUAGGAAACAAUUGGUUGUAAUUUAGUCCGUUUUAAACUGCAGGAGCGAAUGAAACACAACAGUCUAGUUCUGGAAAAAACAAAGUCUUACCAAGUGUUUUUGGUCUAGUUUCUAGUGGAAAUAUUGUAGUUUUGUCUUAUUUCAGGUGCACUAACACACACGUAAUGUUUCAGCAAGAAACUGGAGCUUGUUUUAAGUCAAUAAUGAGAAAAACUUACUAUUUUCACAGGCAGAUUAUUUCACUUAUGACAUGGGAAAAAAGUAUCGUUAUAAAUAAAAUAAUCUGCCAGUGGAACUAAUACUUUUCUUUUAUUAAUAUUAAUGAAUUAUUGUCUUAGAACAAGCUCCUUUUCUUGCUGAAAAGUUACUUAGGUUAUUUUUGUCUUAUUUCAAGUGUACUAAGAUAUUUGCACCAGAAAUUAGACCAAAAAUACUUUUAUGCUUCUGGUGGAUUUCUUGUGGGAAUUUCUUCUUCAAAUCUAACCUGCUGCUUUAACGGAUAACGUGUUGCAUCCUGGAUGUCCAAACGAUGUUCAUCACCUUUACGGAACUGCAAGUAAUGUUAAUUAUUAGAAAUUAGAUAAAAAAUACAAAAGAAAAAUCUAUUAAAAUCAAUCGGAUUCAAUUUGUCAAUUGUACCAGGUUUGGUUGUGUAUGGUGUUAUAGUUUGUACACUAUGCUUAUUACUUCUUCCUAAAUAGCAUAAGGUUCCUUUUUUUCCUGUUUUACUUUACUAAUUUAAGUAAGAUUUUUUUUUGAGCAUCUAUUAACACAUAAUUGUGAAGUGUGGCAAACACUCCCCCCCACCACCACCUUUACAAUAAUUUAAUCUCACCUUACACGGGUGAAACAUAUUGGCACCAUUAUACCUCCGUAGAUUUGGCUGCAGCAAAAAGCUAUUCCUCAAAAAAUGGAUGUAGAAGACGAGGGUCUAAUGCAAAUUUACACCACACUUUUCAGAUUUUUAGUCGGGAAAAUAAGAGGUCUUCUGUUGACAAAUUAGUAUUAAAUCAGAACUUUCUAGCAAAGUUCUAUAAGAUUUUAGGCUGCAAUGUUGAUGUGAAAAUUGUUAAAUUAUUAAAAAAAAAAAAAAAAAACUUCAGUAAAGUGCUGCAUAUGAGAAAAUGCUUAAAUAAUUUCAACAUCUGCGAUGUUCAGAGUAAAUGCUGGAAUCUGGUCUGGAGAAGAGCUGAAGUUUACAAUGUGCAUUGAACUCGUCUUGAAACAUAA